AUGGCGGCCCUUCGAAUCUACAAAAAUAUCUUGUCACCGUCGCGCACAGCGUCGCCAGUCAUUUCUUUGCGUCUCUUCUCUUCCACGUCCUACGUCCGCCGUCCGGACAACUUGCGACCACCCCAACCUCCCAAGCCCAUUGACGACUCAACUUCUGCUCUCGACUACAAGAGGUCGCAAAGACUACGCCCGCCACCGCUCCCAGCUACUGACUUGCCACGGUCCAGGAGCGCGGAAGAGGCUGUUACCAACAUUCUUUACAAUACCCCACCUCCAAGUCUCCAACCUUUCAAAAAACAUAUUUUGAACUGCCUUGUGCAGAAUGAACCCGGGGUUCUUUCCCGAGUGUCAGGAAUUCUCGCUGGCAGAGGGUUCAAUAUCGAUUCAUUAGUUGUUUGUCGCACAGAAAUUCGCGACCUUAGUCGGAUGUGUAUUGUCCUCAAUGGACAAGAUGGCGUUGUCGAACAGGCGAGACGGCAAUUGGAGGACCUCGUGCCUGUUUGGGCUGUCUUGGACUAUACCGAGACCAAUGUCAUUUCAAGAGAACUCCUGCUUGCCAAGGUAUCCAUCCUCGGUCCUGAAUACUUGGAGGAACAACUCGUCGGCGGACCCUCUCAUGAGCCAAGGAGAGCUAUCUUCAAUCACGAUGACUCUUCGAAAAUGGAGCGUGAAACCGCACUAGCGCAUAAUUUUGAGCGUAGCGCACACCCGAACCAAUUCAGUGAAUCAUCUGCAUCCCCAAUCACGCCAUCCCAGGCUCUUCGCCUCAAGCAUCAACAUCUUCAUUCUAUUUCUGUUCUGGCAAAGCAGUUUGGAGCCAAGAUUGUCGAUGUCAGUGAAAAUAGUGUGAUUGUGGAACUCACUGCAAAGACGACGAGGGUGGAAGCCUUCUUGAACUUGCUCAAACCCUUUGGAAUUCUUGAAGCAGCUCGUACAGGAUUGAUGGCUAUGCCGAGGACUCCUAUCAGGACAGAUGAGGACGACACUGUUCCGCUGGAAGAAGGUGGCGGGGUUGAUGCAAGUCUACUUCCUCCUGGUUGAAACAAACGUAGGACAUAUUUGUGGCGCAUUGAUUCGGAAAUGCCUACAAACACGUUGCAUGACCUGUAUGUAAUAGGCGCGUUAGUGGUACCC